ACUCCCUAGUUCUCUAGUCUACAUAUAGUUCACAAUUCAAGUAACGUUACAAGAGCGUGAGCCAGUGAUCACAACCGAUGCAACAGCAAUGGCAAGCAAGCCUGAGCUCCAGGCUCGCUUCCAUGGCCCAGACCUGCCUCUCCAUGAAACAACUCAAGCAAAUCCACGCCCGCGCAAUCCUUUCAAAUCUCCACAACCACGCCAUCGUUCUCGGCAAGAUGUUCCGCUUCGCCGCGGUCUCACCCUCCGGUGACUUAAACUAUGCCCACCAACUGUUCGAUCAAAUGCCCCAACCAACUACUUUCUUCUACAACCUCCUCAUCCGGGGUCACUCCAAAAGCUCGUCGCCUUGGCAUUCGGUGCUUCUAUUCAACCAGAUGAGACUAAACUCAAUCGACCCAGAUGAGUUUACCUUCACAUUUUUGCUGAAAUCUCGUUCGAGGAUGAAGAUGAAUAUCGAAAAUGAUGAGAUACAUGGGGCUGUGUUGAAGUCUGGGUUUUCCUUGCAUUUGUUUGUGCAGAAUUCGUUGAUUCAUUUGUAUGCUGGAAGAGGGAUUCCAAGUGCGGCUAGGAGAGUGUUCGAUGAGGCUGUGGCUGCUGAUGUUGUGUCGUGGUCGGGUUUGGUUAUUGCUCAUGUGAGAGCCAAUGAAUUGGAUUUUGCACGGCGGGUCUUUGAUGAAAUGCCUGAGAGGGAUGUUGUUUCGUGGACCGCUAUGAUAUCUGGGUAUUCACAAGCCAAGUAUUCGAGGGAAGCGCUUGGGUUGUUUUGGGAGAUGAAUCGUGAGGGAGUGAGCCCCGACGAGGUCACCAUGGUGAGUGUAAUCUCAGCAUGCACGGAUUUAGGAGAUGUUCAAACCGGGAUAAGCAUCCACCGGUUUAUUGAGGAGAAUGGGUUUGCGUGGAUGGUUUCGCUUUGCAAUGCACUGAUUGAUAUGUAUGCAAAGUGUGGAUGCAUGGACCGAGCGUGGCAACUGUUUGAUAGCAUGGACCGAAAGAGCUUGAUUACGUGGAAUUCUAUGAUUUCAGCAUGUGCAAACCAUGGCAAUGCUGAUGAUGCAUUUGGGUUGUUUGAGUGUAUGCUUAGUGCUGGUGUUCCACCUGAUGGGGUCACAUUCUUGGCCCUUUUAGUUGCUUAUACACACAAGGGAUUGGUAGAUGAAGGGCUCAGACUAUUUGAGAGAAUGCAACGGGAGUACAGAAUCGAGGCUCGCAUUGAGCAUUAUGGGUGCAUGGCAGAUAUGUUAGGCAAGGCAGGGCGAUUGGAGGAAGCAUACAGAUUAAUUAGUAGUAUGCCGAUUCCAGGCAAUGAUGUUGUUUGGGGAACACUGCUUGCAGCUUGCAGAACUUAUGGCGAUGUUGAUAUGGGCGAGAGGGUUGUAAAGAGGCUAAUAAAGCUGAAACCGGAUGAAGGUGGGUACUAUAUUCUCCUUCGUGAUAUUUAUGUUGCAGCAGGAAGGACGGCAGAAGCAAACGAUAUGAGGCAAACGAUGAUGGAUAAUGGUGCUAGUAAGACUCCUGGACGCAGUUGGGUUGGAGCAUAAGGCUUACAUCCAAUGAUUCCACAGAACCGCCCAUAUAUACAUCGCUCCUCUAUUGAUGGUUAUGUGGCUUAAAGACUAAGAUGGAAAUUGGACGUACUCGGCAGCUAGAAUAUGUGGAAAACGGAAGACCAAGGAUAUCCGGAUAUUAAACCAAGAUUCAGGACUUCACUAUCAAACAGGAGAAGCAGAUUCAGAUUCAAUGCAGAGCUGGAUGAAAUGCAGCCGAGUCGGAGUCUAGCCAAAGGAACAACUGCCAGGUAGAGACGUUCAUCAGGAUGGAAAAGCACAUUGAAGUGUCAUAUGGUGUUUGUUAAUCUUCAGAGGUCUGCCAUUCCAAAUGGAGAUUAAGAGCUAGUUCUCUGUAUAAAGUAUGACAAUUGAACCAUACUUGGGAAAUGGGAAUAAAGUGGGCAUAAGGAUAGCGGGCAAACUUUGCACUACGGUCUAUGCAUUUUCAAUUACGGCACAUUGGCACCUCAAAAUCUUUAUUUUUUGAAUCAAAAUCUCCAGAUACCCUCAAAAGUUUGGCAACGUAGCAGAAAAUUGAAUGGAUAGCCCCUUCUAUA